AUGCCCACUAAAGAGUCGUGGCAAAACACACCUCCAUCUGGCGCAUCCCCGAACCCCAAGGUACGGGUAGCAGCGUCGAGCUCACCUAUGCCCUCACCCAAGACUGUCCUCUACGUCAGUCUUAUGCUUGCGGUACUCAUCAACCCUACUACCGCCACACCCAUAAGUCCUUUCGCCCCAGGUCUCGUCCGAGCCCGCAGCCUUUCUGCCUACACAACCACAACGACCAGUUCGCCCGACGCUGCAGCCAUUGCUGGCAAAGUCUUCUCUUGGAUGAGCACAUUCCUCUACCUUGGAUCCCGCCUCCCCCAACUAUACAUGAACCAAGUCCGCAAAUCGACAGCUGGUCUCUCACCCGCGCUCUUCGCAGCAGCCUUCUUUGGUAACCUCUUUUACUCGACUUCUCUGCUUACAAACCCCUGUGCAUGGUACGACUACGCACCCGGCGAAGGCUCUGGCUGGGUCGACCCUCAAGGUAGUGUGCGAGAAAAUUGGGUUCUACGCGCGGCACCCUUCUUCUUUGGCGCAGCUGGCGUUCUCCUCAUGGACGCAGCCGUUGGUCUUCAAUUCUGGUAUUUCGGCGACGCUGCACCACGCGGUCGAUCUACGCUACCCCGUGACGACGAAGUCAUCAUCACCGUCGACGAUCACGGCAAGCUGGUGCGCAGGAGUAUGCACUGGCGCCGAGUAAGCGGGUGGAUGAGGGGCUGGGCACCUGCUGUUAGUGUAGCUGCUACGCCCAAUGUGAGUCGUGCGAACACGCCCAUGGAUUCUCCGAGAGAAAGCAGUCCAGCCAGUUUGGCUGGCAGUAGCUCCAGCAAGAGCAUUCCUAUCAAAGGGAAGGGUAGUGCCUUGGACGAAGCCAGGGCGCUUUUAGGAACAAGCAGACAUGCAAGUCCAAGGAGUUAUGGGGCUGUGGGCAGUCCUCGGUAG